UCGGGGCUGGCAGGGACCCCCCCCUCGGCUGCGCCCCGAGGACCGGCUUAGCGCGCAGGCUCGUCUCUUUUGAUACAGAUACCUGUUUUUUUUUUUUUCCCCUUAUUUUUGGGGGGUGUGCGUGCGCAUCUGCCCAGCGCCGCGCAGCUGGCGGGCUGCGGGCUCCCGCUGCCCUGAGCGCGCCGCCGUGCCGGGAGGCGCGGGGGGCCGGGGCGGCCGGUCGGGUCGGGGCCGUUAUGCGCAGAGAUGGAUUUUGCGGCCGCCCGUGCGUGGGAGGAUAGUGCCCGCUCGGCUCUGAGUCCCCGGGUGCUCCUGAGCGGGGCGGGGAGGCGUGUGUAGGAGAGAGGCGCCGAUAGCGCUGGAUUUUAUUUUUUUCCCCAUUUGUAAAUUUUUAGAGGUGUAGGCAGAUAGGGGUUCAGGUGUGUUGGGUUUUUUUCCCCCCCCCCUUGUUGCUUACAUCGGCUUGUUCGCUCCCCCCUCCCGUUUUUUUUUUUUGCGUGAGGUGGGACACUGGGGUGUCUGAUUUUUCUUUAGCUUAGCAGUGAAAUUGCAGCAGUUUCUGCCUCCUCCACUGUGCUCGAGCGAGGAAAAUGGAGGCUGUGAUAGAGAAGGAAUGUAGUGCGCUUGGAGGGCUCUUCCAGACCAUCAUAAGCGACAUGAAGGGAAGUUACCCAGUGUGGGAAGAUUUUAUAAAUAAAGCUGGGAAACUGCAGUCUCAGCUCCGGACUACAGUAGUAGCAGCUGCUGCCUUUUUGGAUGCCUUUCAGAAAGUGGCUGACAUGGCUACUAAUACACGUGGUGGUACCAGAGAGAUUGGGUCUGCUCUCACCAGGAUGUGUAUGAGGCACAGAAGUAUAGAGUCCAAACUCCGGCAGUUCUCAAGUGCUUUAAUUGACUGUCUGAUAAACCCACUUCAAGAACAGAUGGAAGAGUGGAAGAAAGUGGCCAAUCAACUGGAUAAAGACCAUGCAAAAGAAUACAAAAAAGCCCGCCAAGAGAUAAAAAAGAAAUCGUCUGACACACUGAAGCUACAGAAGAAAGCAAAGAAAGUGGAGACCCAAGGACGGGGUGACAUUCAGCCCCAGUUGGAUAGUGCUUUACAAGAUGUCAAUGAUAAGUACCUGCUGCUUGAAGAAACCGAGAAGCAAGCUGUCAGAAAAGCUCUGAUCGAGGAGCGCGGUCGAUUCUGUACUUUCAUCUCAAUGCUGCGGCCCGUGAUAGAAGAAGAAAUAUCAAUGCUAGGAGAAAUAACCCAUUUACAAACCAUAUCAGACGACCUGAAAAGUCUCACCAUGGAUCCACACAAAUUGCCAUCUUCAAGUGAACAGGUAAUUUUAGAUUUGAAAGGUUCUGAUUACAGCUGGUCUUACCAGACUCCUCCAUCCUCUCCCAGUACUACCAUGUCCAGAAAAUCUAGUGUUUGCAGCAGUCUGAACAGCGUUAACAGUAGUGAUUCCCGGUCCAGUGGCUCGCACUCGCACUCACCUAGUUCACACUAUCGCUAUCGCAGCUCCAAUCUGCCUCAGCAGGCACCCAUGAGGCUGUCCAGUGUGUCCUCCCAUGAUUCUGGAUUCAUGUCCCAGGAUGCUUUCCAGUCCAAAUCGCCAUCCCCCAUGCCACCAGAAGCACCUAACCAGUUGUCUAAUGGGUUUUAUCACUGUAGUUUAUCAAGUGACCCAUCCGUAGCUUCAGUUGGUGCAGGUCCUUUCCCUCAUUUCCCGCCUGUCUCCCGCGCGUGGACUCGGGCUCCCUCAGCCCUCCUUCCAGACUACGUUCAUUAUUACACCAUUGGGCCAGGCAUGUUACCAUCAUCUAAGAUCCCUAGCUGGAAGGACUGGGCCAAACCAGGCCCAUACGAUCAACCAAUGGUGAACACAUUGCAACGUCGCAAAGAAAAGCGUGAACCAGAUCUCAACGGAGGAGCUCAGAGCGGGCCACCCGUGCCCCCUGAGGAUGCCCAGAGACCUCGGAGCAUGACGGUGUCGGCUGCCACAAGGCAGGGUGAGGAGAUGGAGGCCUGCGAGGAGCUGGCGCUCGCUCUGACAAGAGGGCUGCAGCUGGACACCCAGAGGAGCAGUCGGGAUUCUCUGCAGUGCUCCAGCGGCUACAGCACCCAGACAACAACUCCGUGCUGUUCAGAGGACACAAUCCCAUCUCAAGUUUCAGAUUAUGAUUAUUUCUCUGUGAGUGGUGACCAGGAGGCAGAACAACAAGAGUUUGACAAAUCUUCCACUAUCCCAAGAAACAGCGACAUUAGCCAGUCCUAUCGCAGAAUGUUUCAAACCAAGCGUCCUGCUUCCACCGCAGGUCUGCCAACCACGCUUGGACCGGUCAUAGUCACCCCCGGCGUCGCCACCAUCAGACGGACCCCUUCCACCAAGCCUUCAGUCAGACGCGGCACCAUAGGGGGAGGUCCAAUUCCGAUCAAGACACCAGUGAUUCCUGUCAAAACACCAACUGUCCCCGAUAUCCCAGGGGGGCUGCCCGGCACCCUCGCCGGGACAGAAGAAUGUCCCGAGCAAAGUCCCGAGCCUCUGGCAGCAGGAGAUGGUGGGCAAGGUGUCACCAGCAUGCCCUCAUCCUCAUGGAGCGGACAAGCGUCUGUCAACCCUCCGCCGUCAAGCCAGAAACUGAGUGCUGCCGACGAGCAGAGGCAAGCGGUUCCUGAGAGUGAGGGGGAAGAAAGCGACCGGGAUGGUGUCAGCACCCUCGCGCCCGCGGGCCAGCCGGAGCUCGAUCCCGGAGAGCUGAGUCCUGGGGAUGUCCCGCAAGGUGAAGACAUGCUGAACGCCAUUCGGCGUGGUGUCAAACUGAAGAAGACGACCACGAAUGAUCGCUCAGCACCUCGUAUUUCCUAGGAGUGGAAAAGCUGCCAGAGUACUAGCCACCGAGAAGGAACUGUGAGGAAACUAAUUUGUCUCUAUCCAUUCCAAUCUGUAAUCAAUGAAUUUUUUAAGAUACUCGGUAACAGACAGUCUGAAAGUACUCUAAAAGAGAAAACAAGGUGAAAGAGCGUAGUAAGACAUAAUCUUCACUGGUGUUUUAAUUUGUAAAUACCAAUGAUUUUGUUUCUGCAUUUUUUUGAUCUAAGUUACACUUUUAAUUUUUUCUGAAGGUGCCAAAUCCCAUUUACCUUUUUUAUAACUAUCUUUGUAAAGUUUUAAAUCAUAGGAGAAAACAAAUGUCGAGUAGUUAACUUCAGCAAAGGGAUUUAAUGAAAAUUUGGCUUUUUUGCAAGCUUUUGUAGAGCGCCUUGUAAUAGUGAGGUUAAAAAACAAAACAAAACAAUGGGACUUAUUUUAAAGUUUAAGUCAAGCUGUAAGGAACAGAUCCUCAUUUAAGUAUUAAAAAAAAAGUUUGAAAAGCAGGAGUAAAAAUUGACAAUAAAAGCAAUAUAUAAUGCAAGGAAGAAACCUGCAGUUGGUAGAGUCUU